AUGAUAAUUGUCAAAAAAAUUAGCAGCAUGAGGAGUCCUAUUUCGGGAUGUGAUACUUUAAUCUGGCCUUACAACAGAAAUGGCAUCUUAACUGUUAAAUCUGUCUACAAACUGCUAGCAAAUGAAUUGCCUCACAAUUCUAGCCCCAAACCUGAUUUUGAAUCCUAUAAAGCUAUCUGGAAAUCUCAACUUUUUCCUAGAACCCAAUUGUUUAUAUGGAAGUGUUUUGAGAAUAUUCUACCUACAGGUAGCAAACUAGCUAAAUUCAAUGACACCCAUGAUGACGGGUGUAAAUCUUGUAACUCUGGUGCUUCUGAAACUCUAGAACAUAUGCUUCUUCACUGCUCCUUUGCUAAAAAUGUUUGGUCAAACAUUCCUGCUAUUAGUAACUCUGUUUUGCAGGAUUCUGAUACCAACAUCAGUAUUAAGAGCUGGAUUUCUAAAUGGCUCACAACAAAACCUCUACAAGAUAAAUCAGCUACCGUCCUUACUGUGGCCUGGUGUAUCUGGAAAGACAGAUGCUCGAAAGUUUUUGAUAACAUGCAUUUAAACCCUCAUAUUACUGCUAGAAAUGCUCUAAGAAUAGUGGGUGAAACCAUCAAUGUUUUUGCCCCUGUUUCUGUGCCUAACAUUAUCAAUGUUGUUCCUGAUGUUGCUUCUAGGUUUCUUGAAUCUGUACCUCCAGAAAGUCUUUUAAUUUUCUGUGAUGCUUCCUUUGAUAAGAAUACUAAUGACUCUGGUGUUGGGAUUGUGGCUUUAAACUCUUCAAGUGACUUCAAGGGAUGCAAGCUAGUCGCAGGGAAAUGCGCAAGUUCUGAAGUAGCUAAAAGUGCAGCAAUACUGGAGGCUGCAAAUUGGAUUAAAAGGAAUAACCUUCAGAACUUUUAUAUUAUAUGUGAUGCUAAAAACAUUAUAGCUUAUCUGAAUAACAGCAAAGGCCAAACUAGUUGGACCUCAUGCUCUGUAUUAGAUGACUGUCUUUUUCUUCUUAAAGAUAUUUCUCCUCUUAGAUUCAUUCAUCUUAAGAGAGAUCAUAAUAGUUUAGCAGAUAUAGCUGCAAAACACAGUGGAAUGUUGAGAAUUUCAGGAGAGUGGGAUAUCAACAAUCGCCCACAUUUUCUCCCUCAGGCUGUAAUUUCUCAUUAA